AUGUCGCAGCUUGCUAGUCAUGCUCACGUGUCGUUGCAUCCACUAGCUUCCCGUCACGGAACCAACACUUCGACCAUCGUUCAGGUAAAUUUACCCGCUCACUCGACCAGCCGCGAAGACGGCCAAGGAACACCACGUUUGCAUCGUUCCCCCGCUGCCCAGUCCAAUUCGCCCAACGCCCACCUUCGCUCACCCUCGCCCAAGCCUCUGCCACAGCCUGCCAAGGUACUGAACUCGGAACCUCCAACUUAUGGCAUCCAGCAUGUCGAUCUGGAUGACUACCCUAUCAUCUGCGAGGAGCCCAUCCCAUCCGACUCAUCCAGCCAUGAUAGGCUCGACCAAGACUUCGAUGCCAUGGACAAAGCUCUCGACCAAGGUUACUAUCCUGACCCCUUCUCAAAUACGCAUCCUCAGCGUCUGUCGAAGAACAGUCUCGCCGCUCCUGUCCGUGCCAUGUCGGCUGCUCAGCUCGCUCAGUUGCACCAACAGUACGUGGCUCAGGAUGUACCUCACAGCGUCGUCUUUCCCUUUCUUCACGGUGUAGAUGGCAGCAUUCCCGCGCAAAACGCCUUUUUCGGCGCGCCCAGGACAGGUCAGCCUACUCCACCUUAUAGAGGUCUCACCAUCCUUCGAGCUGACAUGCCCACACCUCAGGAGAUGGAACGCAUGCAAGCCCCGUCCAACACAUACUCCUCUACCCGCGCUCGCGCAUGCACCUUCUCCAGCGUCACUACACAGUCAUCAGGUAGCUCGCCAGAUACGGAUGACGAAUCGGCACGCUUCCAACCGAGCUGGAACGGACCCACGAGUCCUCCAGCCUCCAACUUUGCCAGCGCCGCCUCCUUGACGCCAGCAUCAGUUGCGUCGGUCUCACCAUCAACGGCCUCCACCGUAUCCUCGCAAAUGUCACAACCUUCGCUCUUCUCCGCCACCUCGGAGAGCUACAGCACUGGCUCGCGAACCAGCGUAUCGACGGUCAGCGACGUUGCUGACGAUGGCAUGCCCACAUCCGCCAAAGACCUCCGUCCAGCUAGCCCUGUGCCCUUUGAAGCACAACCCCUUCAUUCGGUGCUCAACUCAACCAUCUUCCCCGCAGAGAUCCUUCGAGCUCCUACGAUUAGUCGCCUCAUGUACGGACGCAACCUCUGCAGUGACCUUUCAGAGUCAGGCUGCUUCGGUGAGAAAGUAGAUAUCAAACAGGUUCGCAGGGUAGGCGCGAGCUUCAUCAACCCUCCGCAAGCAUCUGGUGUCAGCCUUCGCAACUUCAAGAUCCAGUCAGCCAAAUAUGCCACCAUCUCGGACAUUGUCAUCUACUGCCCCUAUGGAUACCACUCGGGCGUCUUGACGCUCGCCAAGUGGGUGAGGGAAGCUCAAGCAUCGUUGCGACGCGAACGUCUCCUGCGCGGCUGGGGCGGCCUCCAAUACAACGUCUUUGUCGUUACUGACUCGUUCAAUGCCUUUGAGCAGCGCUUCCCAUCGCUCGUCUCGAUCGACAGCAAUGGUUUCGAACGCAACCGCGUCGACUUUGUCGAACGAGAGCGCGAGGAGAUGGAAAGGAUGACUCAUGCCACCGAGAUCCACGACAACGUCUGGCUAGGCUGCACCGCCGAUGCACCAGGCCUCGUCAAGAAAGAUGGCUUGGCGGACGAAAGCGAGCCCACCACUCCAGACGAACAAGCCAACCCAAACCACUAUGCUGUCUGUAUUGGCUGUGAAGAGAUCGGUUACCACGGUCCAAGAAGCUUCGACUACGAGGAAUGGAACAAAGUCAGUCGCUACCUCGAGGUGAUGGAUGCAAGGGUCAGGAUGCUCAGAAGCUACCGGCAAGAAGUGCUACUCAGUCUUGGCCUUGGCCACGAUGGCUUCCGUGAUUCCGACUCGCGCGAUGGCUCUAUCGUCCUUGGUCCGAACGGCUGGACGCCCAAGUGCCGAUCCCUUCCCGUGCAUACUGAUGUAUACACCCAGACCGUCAAGGCAAGGCUGAGCGCCAAUGGCGACGCCAGUGAUCCCAGCGAACGCAGUCCACUCCCUCUCGAAGCCGGCAGAGUUGCGCACCUCCGGAUCGAGACCAGCGGCGCUUUUGAGGAUCAAAAGCUUCAGACGGUCAGGGCGGUCGUCGAAGCCUGCGUGUGGAUUCAUUCUCACGCAUCGAGUUCCCACUCUGCCCGACCUAGGCGCGUGCUUCUUCACUGCACGGACGGAUACACCGAGACUUCGAUGCUGGCGCUCGCCUACUUGAUGUAUGCGCGAGAGCUUAGCCUUCCCGAGGCCUAUCUUGAUCUUCAGCUGCGAGCCGACCGUUCUUUCUUCGUCUACGAAGCUGACGUUGCCAUCCUCGAAAUGAUCGAUCGAGAGUUGCAGCAGAGACGUGCUCUUGCUCGCUGCCGAGCAUUUGAGAAGCGCCGGGAUGCUUCUUUCGAUUCAUGCAACAGGUCGCGUCAUGUUGUGUCCAAGUCAUUGGGCGGACCCUUGACGGGCGACAAACGCAGCGCCGAGUUGCGCCGCAUGUCAUUGUCCGGCCCAGCAAGCCACUCUCCAGCUCAUCCUCUGGCUAGUGGCUUAGCAUACAGUGUAGAGAGCGCAAAGCGUUCCACUUUGACACCGCACUCACCUGCCGAGAUGGCUGGCGGUAUCUGCCGCACGUCGACGCCAACGCCUCAAAAGUAUCGGCCCAGUCAGACGGAUGUGCUCGACACUCUGGAGCCUGCCAACACGCACGCCUGGUUCGAUAAGUCACGUUUUGAUGGCUCGUUUCCUUCUCGCAUCCUGCCAUUCCUCUACUUGGGCAAUCUAAGCCACGCCUCGAAUGUAGGCAUGCUGCGCGAACUCGGUAUCACUCACCUCGUCUCGGUCGGUGAAACGGCGUUGGCACCUCCAGCAAGCAUCUCGGCCAAAGUCAACCCUACACGCAAAGAACAUGGCCGCAGCCGGUAUCAGAAGGCAUCUGCUAAAGCAGCUUUGGUCGAAGAUCCGCUCACGGUUCCGUCUUGCACGUACCAGACGCAAGGCAUCACGGUGCUCAACGUGCGCAACGUGUCUGAUGACGGUAUCGACUCGCUCCGAGGCACAAUGCGUGAGGCCGUCCAAUUCAUCGAGGCAGCCCGAUUGUCCAGCGGCAAGGUGCUGGUGCACUGCCGUGUCGGUGUCAGCCGCAGUAGCACGAUUGUGCUUGCAUACGUGAUGGCUCAUCUCGAUCUCGGACUCGUUGAGAGCUACUUGCUCGUGCGCAGUCGCCGGCUCAACAUUGUCAUCCAACCGCAUCUGCUCUUCCUGUGGGAGCUGCGUGGAUUCGAGACGUACCUCCACAAAGCCAAACAAGCGCAGAUCAACCUGCUGCGCGGUCGUCACUGCUCUCCCGACUUGCUACGCAGCGAGUUCCCUCGCGAAGCUUCGCAGGCGCUCUCUGCGCUCUCGAUCCGCAAUACCACCGGCGCAUCUCGCAGCGAAGAAGGUUCGGGCUCAUACAAGUCCGCGUGGUCUUCACCCACCGGUUCGCCAGUAGCCAUCAGCACUAUGCCCGCACCGGUGGCAGGUGAUGUAGCUUCCUCAUCAUCCUCAUCGGAUGCAUGGGGCGAGGAGCUUCUUCUGGGUGUCGAGAUCGGUGCUGGUGCAGGCAGCAUUCAUGGGUUCGACAUGGCGCAUUCUGCCAUGUUGCCUUUCGGAUCCGGUAGUCCCAACGGUCUGCCGUACAAUGCCACACGUCUUACGUGGGGUCAUCUUGCUCGCGAGAUUGCUGAUCUCAACUCGCGUUACUUUAUCUAA